AUGCCUCCGUUAAUAUCUUGUUGGACAAAGCUCACAGUCCCGAAGACCUGCACAAUUGACGAUGCCACAUCUGAGGAUGGGGAAAAAUGGCUUCGGGCUAGUACCUACGUCGAUACAACCAAAACGCCUGGUUACAUGGCGCAAUGCUUUGGUCGCAUGACUGAGUCUCCUCUAACCGUUUUCUAUAUAACAGCGUGGAAUUCUCAUGACUCCCUGAAUGAAUUCGAGAAAUCUAUGGACUCUCUCCUGCAACACGAGGAGCAUGCAAAGCUUAGCUCUACGCCUCUAGAGACGUUUCGAUACGAAGUGCGAUGUUCCUUCUGGAUGUACCUCACUAAGAAUGUCGGAUUUUUCGAUGCCUAUUUCCCGGCUAGCAUUUCUCCUGAGUCCAAGAAAAUUGUCGAUGGGGCGCGUGGUCUGGUCUACCACUAUGCGCCCCAUGGACCGAACCGGUGCGCAUACGUGACCCGUCCAACCCGUGGUUGGUUUCAUGGUACACAAAAGUACGAGGGACAAGAUGCAAUUGUGGUACGUUUAUGGCAUUUCUGGAAGAAUGAAGAGACUGAACGCGAUUUCAAGGCUGGCGCCGGUAUCACGGCCCCACGCUUGGGUAUGCUAAGUCUAUAUAACUAUUUGAUGGAGCAAUUGAAAGAGGCGGGAGUGUUAGGAAUACAAGAGUUUCAUUGUCCGCUUGUGAGGAUAUGGGAUUACUACACCGAGGCUGAAGGUGGCCCAAACUAUGAGAGUGAAGACGUCCUGAUAUCUUGA